AUGUCAGAAAUACUACGAUUUGGUGAUGUGACAAGAGAUGACAAAAAGCUAAAGCGUAAGAUGGAUGAUGCUAUUGUUGCUGAUUCAGAGACAUUGAUGUCUCUGAGUUUAGGAGGAGGGAGAAGUGGAGGAUCUUCAUCCAAAUCCCUCAAGAUCCAUGAGAAGUUGAGGGAAUACCCAUGUAAGUUUUGCGAUAAGAAGUUUUCAAGUUCUCAAGCCUUGGGAGGACAUCAAGGUGCCCAUAAGCGUGAAAGAGUGCUUGCGAGAAUUGAAAAAGAAAUUCAAUUAGGAACUUUUAGACUUGGGGAUCAUCAUUUCUGUCCAUAUUCAAUUGGUCACCCAUAUCCCUUCACUAUUGCAGGGUCAUCACCUAUUUAUCAUGGACUUGGGUGGCCUCAACUUGUUGCUCAUGCAAGCUAUGGCAACCCAUUUGAGAUGAUCAAUAACUAUGAUUGGGCUACUCAAACUCCACUAAAUAAUAAUGUGGGAUUUGAAAAUCAUGACCUUAAUAAUCAGCAGCUGCAGGUUCCUUCAUUUGGUGUUCCUCUUAACAAUCAUGUCCAAGAGGGAAAUAACAAUCAUGAUGACCCAACUAGCCACCAAAUUUCAACCCCAUUCCCUGAUUUAUCACUUAAACUUUAG